AUAAGGAUGGGGAUGAAAAAGAAUUGUUGUUAACUUUAGAGGAUUUCGAAUAUGAUAAAAUGUUAAAUUAUGAAAAUAGUAAUGGGAAACAUAGAAUAAGUUAUGAGGAAGAUGAAAUUGAAAAAGGAGAGAGUGAAAAUAUAAAACGUGCCAGAAUUGAUGAAUCGGGUGAAUGUAGUAAUACUAGUACCAAUAAUAGUUAUAUAGAAUUGUCUGACGAAGAAUAA